AUGUCGAAAGCUGAAGGAUACCUGCGACCCUACCGGGGAAAGGUCGAUGAUUUCCAGACGUUCUGGGCGAAAUUUGACGUGCUGGCGACAAUCAACAAGUGGGACUCGGACGAGAAGAAAAUGGCCCAGUUACCCUUGUUUCUGGAGCAGGAUGCGUUCCUGGUGUUCAGCCGAAUGAAGUCGGAUGACAAGAAGAAGCCUGACGCCGUCCAGAAGAAAAUGGAAGAGGCGUUUUGUAUGACGAAGUGGGAAGCCUACCGGCGGUUCAAGGCCCGACGCAUGAGACAAGAGGAGUCGCCAGAUGCCUAUGUUGCCGAUUUGCAGCGCCUCGCCAGUUUGGCCGGCGAUGCGUCGCCUGGGGAUGACAAAAAUCACUCUGUUGUUGAGCAGUUUCUUGACGGGCUUCCACAUGCGUGGGCAAAGCAGGUUAGGUUGUCACUUGUGGGAAAGGACCAGACUGUGAGCGCCUGCUUAGAAUUAGUCCGUGCUGUUCAGCUUAGUGAUGGCGAUUCUGUGACAGCUGCAGUAGGUACAGGUGCUGGAACUGGUAGUUUGGCUGGUGGAGCACGUGGCGACAAGACCAGCAGAAAGUCUUUCUUGUGCUACCUCUGCAAUGAGGUCGGCCACAUGAAGCGAGAUUGCCCAAGGAGGAAGCAGGGGCAGCAGAGUGGGUCCAGCUCCAAGGAUGGUGGAGGCCGUGGCAGUACGUGCUACUUCUGUGACAAGCCUGGUCACAGGAAGCCAGACUGUCCGGACCGGAAAGCUUGGCUGGCGAGCCGGCAAGGCGGGAGUGCUGCAGCAGCAGCUGGAGAUGAGCCUAGUCCAGCCUUGGCCUCUGUGUCUGUGCCUUCGCCAGGGCAGCUGCCUAGGAUCAAGGUAGACAUGUGGACAACGGGCAACAAAGAUGAUGUGUCGCGUAUGACAGCAGUCAUUGACACUGGUGCUGUCCGAUCACUGCUGACUAAGGACCAAGCCCUGUCCUGUGGCCUUGCGUGGUCAGAGUGUGAAAGCAGACUCGUGGCGCUGGAUGGCCAGUCUAUUGCUGUUCUUGGGAAAGUAGCCGUCAACAUUGGACGAUUGGAUGGCCCUAUCCCAGUGCAGAUGCCAGAAGCCAGUGUGGAGCUGUUAGUCGUCAACGAUCUGAGUGUCGUACACGCCGAUUUGUUGAUCGGUUGUGAUGUAGCGAGCAGCUGUGGUGGCCUACAUCUUGAGUAUGCCAAUGAUGGCCGGCUGGAGAGUGUGAGGUUUGGGCCCGUGUCAAGUCCUGUGUCUGCUGCACUUCCUCAGGACGGUCACCCUUCCCGCCACGUGCAAGUGAGCCGUCAUGGACAAGGUGUCACGUUGUCGGCACGUGAUGGAGAGGUCCAAUGGUGUCAUGAAACCAAGCGUUGGAUUCUCCGCUGGAAGUGGAAAAGUGGUGCAGCCCCUGAGGUUCCAGUGGGCUCUGGCAUUGGCCAGUACUCCAGGGAGAAACUGAGCCCAGAGCAGGAGAAGUUGUUCUGCAAGGAAGUCGACGCUUGGAUCGCUAAUGGUUGGCUUGUGCCGCACGAUGAAGCCACACAAGGUGCAGUGGCUGGUGUGCUUCCGUUGAUUGCUCGCACCCAAGAGCAUAAAGCAUCCACCCCGAUCAGACCAUGCCUGGAUUAUCGUAAGCUUAAUGAGCUCAUUGAGUCUGAGCCUGGCUAUGAAGCCCCCGUGUGCGCCGAGAAGAUCAGGCAGUGGAGACGCAGCAGUGAUGGUCAGUGGGAGAUGCUGGACGUGAAAAAAGCAUAUCUCCAGGUGCAUGUCAGUGCUGAGCUAGUGCGCUACCAGGCCGUUCUCUGGAACAACAAGGUGUACGUGAUGACCAGAAUGGGCUUCGGGUUGGCGAUUGCGCCGAAGUUUAUGCACCUCGUCAUCCAGUGGAUCACUCGCCAUGGCCCAGAAGUCGACAACUAUGUUGAUGAUAUCCGAGCUCCAGCAGAAGUGACUCAGUGUGUUGCCGACGAGCUUGCAGCCUAUGGACUCCCAACGAAGCCUGCCGAACCCAUGGAGGAGUCCCGUGUUCUUGGUAUGCAACUGAAGGCUAAUGCCGAUGGCGCCAUGGGCUGGUCCAGGAGAGAGAUCGAUCUAGAGCCACCACCUAAGAUGACAAGACGCAAGGUCUGCUCAUGGUGUGGACGCCUUAUUGGCCACUACCCGGUCUGUUCGUGGCUCAGGCCUGCUUGCGGUUACCUGAAGCGGCUGGCGACUGCUGCAGGUGGCAAUGGAUGGGACGAUCCACUGCCGGAAACCCUUGUUGAAUGCUGCCAAGAGCUGUUCGCGAGGCUCUCCUCCGACGAUCCGGUGCAUGGUCAGUAG